CAUAUAUAUGCCAUGAAUAGCUAGAAUUUUUUCCCUUUAUUUUUCGUUAAGAUCCAAAAAUUUAUUUUUAAAUUUCAUUUUCUUAUACAUUAUGUCCAUUAUAUACAAUGUGAUCAUACGAUCAACACCGAUAACAGCUAAUAAAGCAUCUUCAAUUCAUUUGUCAAGAUUAUUUGUCGAUACUUUUCCUUCAUAUACUAAACGCUUAUCUACGACAGCAACAAAAUUCACGACCAUUCAAGAAUGUUGCUCGCGUCAUAAUGUUGGUAAAAAUGUGAUAAAUAAUUGUGGACGAAAUCGUCAAUUUUUAUUGCCAUUUCGAAACCAAAGAAAUUUUCUCGGCACACAAAGAUUUAAAAAUAAGGUAGAAAUAAACAAUACAUCAUCACAACCGAAAAAUGAAUGGGCCGAAUUGAAGAAAUUACCGUUGGUUAAACGAUUACAUGUAAUGUUUAAAAAAUAUUGGUACAUUGCCAUUCCGUUUCAUUGUGUCAAUUGUGCCGUUUGGUUUGCAUCGUUUUUUCUGCUUGCUCAAUUUGGAAUGAAUGGUGCUGCUGUAAUCAAUUGGGUGAAACCAUAUAUUGAAGAUUCAUCAUUUUGUCCACAAUUUAUGAAAAAUUUAUUCGAAAAAGAUGCCGAUAAAUUGGGUAGCGUUGCCAUUGCUUUAUUGUUGUAUAAAUUGGCUACACCUGGAAGAUAUGCAACGACAGUUUUUGGAACCGUAUAUUUACUUCGAUAUAUGCUUCAAAAAGGUGUUCUAGUCAAAACAGCAAAUGAACAAUUGAUUAGUGUACGACAGUCUUAUAUCAGCCAUGCUGUCAAUCGUAAUAUAUUGAAACAAAAAGAACGUUUUAUGAAACAAAUGAAAAAUCAAACUAGUAAAAUGCGAUCAAAACAUAGAUGAUUGUAUCGAUAUUCCAAAAUAGAAUUAACAAAAGGCAAUUGAUUAAUUGAUUUUAUU